AACUCUAAUGAAUAAAUGCUGACUGUGCAUGCUUACUUAUGUAAUUUCUAUGAUUUAUAUUCCAGAGCCCAAAAGUCGCUUCACACGAUAUCCAUCAUGGAAUACGAAAAUGUAUCCGGUGUGGAAAGAUGAAGACCCUCGCUACAAAGACUCUUGGAAAGGUGGCAAGGUAAAGUUCAUUGUGGGUAAUGACGCACCGACCCUGACUGCAGCCAAGGUGACCUUUACCAUCGAGCUGCAGUUCCCACACAACCAGAAGGUCAUGCCCGACGGAGAGGUGGUGUGGGCCGAGAACUUUACCGUCAAUGGAACACACUACCAUCAGUCUGAGCCAGUGUAUCCUGCACAGAACGCGGAGUGGAACGGAGUCUUUCCCGACGGCACACCUUUCAGGAAGGGUGGUGACAAACCCCCUCCGUAUGUGUUUGUAUGGAAGACAUGGGGUCAGUACUGGCAGGUGUCUGAUGGCCCCUCCUCCUCUCUCACCAUCGGGACAGACAAUGUCCCUCUGGGUUCCUACAUAGUGGACAUUGUCAUCUACCAUUACCGCAGCCACGAGAAGUUCAUCCCUCUGGGAUACGCCUCCACACAGUUCUCCAUCACUGAUCAAAUCCCCUUUGCCGUCUCGAUGAGCCAAGUGAACGACGUCAACGAGGCAGACCUGAGCUUCGUCCAGAACAGAGCGAUAGCCUUCACCAUCAGUCUCCACGAUCCCAGCGAGUACCUGAGUGACGCUGACAUCACAUACAACUGGGACUUUGGUGACAGCAGCGGAGCUCUCAUCUCCAGAGAGCUGACUGUCACCCAUACCUACAUAGUGGCUGGCGGCUUCAAGCCUCAGGUGGUUGUACAGGCCGUUAUCCCUGAUAAAGCAUGUGCCACACCAGCUGGUGUUAUCCCCACUGGUAGCACUGUCACUAUUGGGCCUGCAAACCUGGCAGGCACGACAGUGAGAGCUCCUGCUGCGGCUGCGUCGGCUGCUCCAGUAACAGCGGCCACACAGGGAGCUACAGUAAAUGUAGGCCCCUCAGUCCCCGCUGAGACUGACACACAGGAGGACACGACUGAGGUGGGAGCCUCCACCGCUCAGCACACAAAGACACCUUCUCCAGUCAACCCUGACACCUCAACUGUCUCCGCUGGUUCAACAACAGUUGCUUCUGAAGUAGAGCCAGCAGGGGAGGCCGCUACGGCACAAGUUCCCGUGGUGAUAGUUGUUAAGCGUGAAGCAGGUGAAAAACCCAAGGAUGAUGACUGUGUGAUCUAUCGCUAUGGGUCCUUCUGCGCUGGCAUUGACAUUGUUGAGGGCAUUGAGAGUUUGAAGAUCGUGCAAGUGGACAAUGCUCUGAUCAAGACUGAUGAAUUUGAGGUUGAACGAAAUGUAGUGGAUCUAACUGUCACCUGCCAUGGGAGCCUUCCCACAGAGGUGUGUAUGGUGGUGUCGGAUGCAGACUGUCUGAUGCCAGUCCACACCAUGUGUAACACAGUGUCGCCCUCUUCUGAGUGCCAGCUGGUACUGCGUCACUUUUUCAAUGACUCUGGCAUCUUCUGCAUCAAUGUGUCCAUGACCAAUGAUGUCAGUCUGGCAGUCACCAGCGCCAAAGUUAGCGUGACCAUGGGUUCCGGUCUGUCCUCAGUGGACACUGUAGCCAUGGUGAUGGGGGUCCUGAUCGUUGCUCUGGUCACUGGAUCCGUAGCCUACACUUACAAACGGUUCAAAUCCUACCGUCCUCUGAAGGAGGAAUCUGUGGUUGGCUCCUCCUCCCAGAGCGCUGAGAGCAGUGCUGGUUGGAGCUCUGGACCUCUGCUGUUCUGGAACCUUCUGAGUCGACAGGCUCCUGUAGAGAACAGCCCACUGCUCGAUGACAGGCUUGUGUGAAUGGACAACAACAACCCAUUCAACUGUCAAAUACACACAAAAUAACAGCCAAGAAACAUUUUAUUUGCACAUAUAGUCAUCAGACAUGUUUUGUUUUUUGUUUUAUACUUUUUAUACAUUUAUUUUUGAACUGUGUGUAAUUUGGCUUAUUUCCCUCAAACUAAACAUUUUCAAAGAGCAUAUGUAUUGUAAGACCAACAUUGAUUUAACAUUUUUAUACUGGAGGUUUGACCAGUGAAUAUUAGUGGAAACUACUGUGAAGUUAUACAUUUUAAUAUCUUUCCCCCAUUAAA